AUAUCAUCAAUGGUGCAACGAUUGGAUACCUGGUGUAAAGAUGUCAACUCUAUGGAGUUAUUAUUGGAAACUAAAGCUCAUGAGUUCUUAACAUUGUGAGAUUAAUAUUUUCUGACAAUUUCACUUUUUAUUUUCUUUACUAAGUAAAAAUAUAUCUUUAAAACUGUGUUCUCCUGAAUUGUGAAAUAAAUAUUGUGUGGAUGAUAUUUUUAUUAUCUUGGACCAUUUUCCCCUUAAAUAGAUACAUUUACUAAAUGGGUUGGUGUUUUAGAACAGAUUUGAAUAAGUAGUGCAAAAGCAGAAAUAGUCAAUUUGAUAUGAAGGUGAAGUUGUUCGCAUAUAUUACAAGUUUGUUUUCAAAAAUCGUUAUUGGUCAAUUUGUUGUAAAAGUUUUGAGUUUAACAUUAGGCCAAUAGUUAUUGACAAUGCUAAUACAAAUUAUAAUGGAAUUUUUAUGUGCAACCCACACUGUAAAGAAAGAUUUAUUGCAAUGUGUCAAAAUUAGGUUUUUCUUGCAAUGUGGUUGUUAUUGUGAUGUAAAAGAGAUGCAUAAGGUGCAGUUUAGAAAUAUCUUUGAUGGAAAUGUAGUUUAUUAAUGUUUUAGAUUAAUUAUAAAUUUUCCAUUGCGACUUUUUGAACAAAUUAAUUUGGUUUUCAAUGUUGUACAAUCUCCCAACUUAAAAUCUGAUAUUUUGUCUGGACUUGCUGGCUUUGUCAGAUUGAUGUGUUAGGAAAACAGUAAACGGAGGAAAGAAUUUUCUUACUUACCUUUCCGUACUGACAGCGUUAAUAUGGUGGAGAAAUCAAUGAAAAAUUCAGAUUACUGUGCUGAAAUCAUUAAGUAAAAGCAGAUAGCAGCAUUCAAAAUACUAAGUGAAUACCUGAAAGAACUAUUGGUGCUACUUGCUACAGCACUUUCUUGCAUUAUUUGUCAUGGUUAUGUAAUACAUUACUAUUUGUAUCCACAAAUAGUGAUUGAUAAUUAGGUUAAGCAGUUAGGAAACCUCAAGAUCACUUGCCCAAACCAACAUAACCUUCCUUCCCAUUGUAGUAGGAACAUGCUUAAAAAAUUUAGAGAAUUCAACAAAAAAAAAGCCCUUUUUUUGUAAGUACUUUGCACAAGAAUGAAAAAAAAAAGUCCAAAAAUUUGGGGCUAGAAAUUUACUAUAAUUUUGUUCUAAAAAAUUGAUGUUUAGGUUACAAGUAAAGUAUCCUCCAAAAACAGUUGUUUCAUAUUUGCAGGUCUGCAAGAAGAGGCAGAUUGAUCGGAGAACAUUCAUUCUGGAAAAAAAUCCUUGUUCUAGUGUUGUCUGUAGACAAAAAGAUCUUUUGCCACAAACCAUUUUUUUCUGUAUCUAGCUCCUACUUAAUGUGACACUGACAAUAUGUUAGAGAAAGGUAUUUACUACAUAAUAUUUAGAAAUAAGAUUUAUCCCCUUUUUGUAUUGGAUACCCUCAAACCUAGUUUUUCAUGAAAAUGGUCCACUUUUUGUUGCAGAAUUAUCUUACACCAGACAUUGCCAUUCAGUCAAAUACAAUAAGGUAUCUUAAGCUUUAUUUAGAUUAGUUGAUUGAUACCUAAAUUUAGGGCAGAUUUCUAUAAUGUGGUAUAUUGUUACAUAGGUGUACAAAUGUCACAAAGUGGAGGUUUUUAAAUUUAUUGGUGUACUUUCGUUCAGAUCUGUUCCUUUCGCCACUGAUUGUUAAUAUUUACUUGCUUUCAUGGUUGUCUAUUCAAAAUAAUAAUGUUUAUUUUUAUGCUAAUCUGCUCUCUUUCCAUACUUACCUCUUUACUUAAAGUGAGAAUGUAUAAGUAUGAUCUCACAAUGGAUUUUUUUUUUGAUAACGUUUUUUAUAUAGUACUAUUUUUUUGUAAAAAUAUCUGCUUAAUUUAACAUGUUUUGGCAAGUUCUCUCCCAUCUACUUCUAUAUUUUCUACUUUCUACUUAUAUAUUUCUUCACUUAUAUUUGGAUUUUUGAAUCAAUUUCAUUUCUUAUAUCUACAUAACUUUUAUUUUAUUAUCUAUUAUCAAAAUUUGUUUGACUUCUGUAUUUUCAGACAUCAUAACAAUUAGGUAUAACAUAAGUGU